CUAUGCGUCAUAGCCAUACUUUCGUCGCAGGAUAAUCGUAUUUGCUUUCCUUCUUUACCUGCUAUACAUGCAUCAAGUGAUUGAGCGUAGAAAUUCCGACAUGAACGCUCGUUAUCUAGAUACAACGAUAUGAAUGUUCUAAUAUACGAUGGACCUGGUACAUCACCGACGAGUGUCAGACGUUUACAGCAAGAAAUGGUGACAAAUUUAGUCGAUAAAUACUCAAUACAGCUCGUUAGUCCUGAAAUACUAGCGAACGAACCAUGGGAAGAGCACACCCGGGCUAUAGUCAUACCAGGAGGUCGUGAUUUACCUUAUUUGCAAUGCCUGAAUGGAAAAGCUAUGCGCAAGAUUAAAGAAUACGUCAAUAACGGUGGUAAAUACUUCGGCGUAUGUGCAGGAGCAUAUUUCGCAUGCAGAUCUAUCGAAUUCGCAAAAAAUGAUCCACAAUUGGCUAUAAUAGGUGACCGACCACUCAAAUUCGUAGAUGGCGUCGCUGUUGGUCCUACAUUCGACGGAUUCGAGUAUAACUCUGAAAACGGUGCUCAUUUGGUACAACUAAAUUACAACGAUGGUAGUAGUGGAGGAUGUUAUCUAAAUGGAGGCUGUUCCUUUAAUGUAGACCCUGCAAAAGGUGAAGUGUUGGCGAGGUAUGCCCACGAUGGUUCUAUUGCCGCUUAUCACAUUGGAGAUGUCGUCGUUACCGGUCUGCAUCCCGAGUUUAGCAUUAGAGCUCUGCCAGCCUCUAUGCUGGUUGUAAAUGAGGAUCCGAAAUCUGUUGCUAAGAUGGAACAGGCACGCAUCAACCAUUUUCGUAAGCUUUUAGGCGCUCUCAAGCUUGAGUUGAGUCCUAUUGAGGAAAGCAAGCCAAAAGGACUCCUCCCUUUGGUGCUCACAUCUAGCAAUGCGGCUACUUUGACCACUUUCGUUGAAGAUCUCACAGAUAAGGCCGAUAUUAGUGAGGAACCCAAGCCGUUCAACAAUGAAAGCGGGAACGAUUCCAUUGUUUUGCAUUCCAGCGGUGGAUAUACCUUGCGUGCUGAGUGUGAUAGGAUCGCACACGCUCAUCAAGACCCUGACAUUGAUUUCAAUAAAAUUACCAAACACAUUUACGUGUUUGAUCAAGCAAAUGGUAUACCAACCUCUAAGUUCAACAUCGCUGCAUAUCUAUCUGAAUUGCGCUCGGAAUAUGUUGGUCGUUUAUUACUUUAUGGCGAAGCUGUGACGAGCACACAGACUAUGCUAGAUAAGAAUACACAACUUCUUAAGAAAUGUCCUGAUGGUUUACUUGCUCUGGCGUCUCACCAGCUGGCUGGAAGGGGCAGGGGCAAGAAUGCUUGGGUGAGCAGCUCAGGAUGUUUGCAAUUCAGUCUAGUCUUGCGUCUCGAUGCUAGUAAAGCUGCCUAUGUAGUUUUUGUACAGUACUUAGUCGGUUUGGCUAUCAUACAGGCACUCAAAUCGCACACUAAGGACUUGGAUAUCAGUCUUAAGUGGCCUAAUGAUAUUUACGCUCGCAAGGAUGGAAAGCUCCUCAAAAUAGGUGGUAUACUUAUCAACUCACAGUUUAUUGAUGGCCAGUUUGUUCUUGUUGUGGGCGCUGGUGUCAAUAUCAACAACAGUCAUCCAACGACAUGCAUUAAUGACCUUCUUAAGGAUAAGAUAAGCAUUGAAACUGCUAUGGCAUUGAUUGCUGGUCGAUUAGAGAAGAUGUGGAGUGUGUUCAGCCGUACUGGCUUUGGAGAGUAUCUUGAUGAUUACUAUGAAGCAUGGCUGCCAGCGAUCAAGAAAUAACUAUCGAAGAUACGAAACAAAUGGUCAGAGUGGCUGGUAUCACACUCGACCACGGCUAUUUGCGUACAUACCCUGAUAUGCGUUGCAAGAGAACACCUCGUGAUCAACUUUACCAACCAGUGGAUCUGCAACCAGAUGGAAACU